UAUCCUACAACCAUGACAAUCCUACUUCUAUUCCUCUUCACUACUUUCAACCAAGUUUUUAUAAGCCAUGCAUCUUCAAGCAACUCCCAUGUUGUCACCUUUGAUUUCCCCAAGUUCAGCUCGAAAAGUUGCAGUGAUGGCACUCUAAUCUGCUUGGGAACAGCUACAAGUAACGAUGGAUACUUAAGCCUUACGACAGAGCCACAGAACGGAAAUUUAGAACCAACACUGUCUCAAAUGGGCAGAGUUCUUUAUAGAAAUCCUGUGUUUGCGUGGCCGGCAAUUAUCUCCACAAAGUUUACUUUUAGGAUUUCCCCCUAUCCCAAUUCUGCUUGUGGGGUUGCAGAUGGAAUGACCUUUGUUAUGGCACCGGACAAUAGUCCGGCACCACCGGGGAGCGCAGGUGGAUAUCUAGGAAUCUUCAAAGAUGGUGGCACUGUCGUUGGUCAAUUAGCUGUGGAGCUAGACACCUACAAGAACGAUUUUGAUAUAGACAACAACCAUAUUGGUAUUGACACAACAAGUAUAACCAACCCACUCGCUGCUAAGAGUCUAGCUGGCACUGGCAUUGACCUCCAAAGUGGAAAAGAUAUCAAAGUCCAAAUUGACUACAAUGCCUGGACAAAUAUGCUUCAAGUAUCUAUGGCAUACUCAUCUGAUCCACUGGUGAAUAUUCUCAAUCAACCUAUUGUGUUAUCAAGUAUCGUUCCACAGUCAGUUUACGUGGGUUUCACGGCUGCCACCGGAGGUUGUUCAGAAAGCCAUAAGAUCAUUGACUGGUCAUUUACAUCUAUCAAAUCAGGAUCAGACGAAAAGUUGACCGCCCGAUCGGAACUACCUGACAACCUAAAACUAUCUUAUGCAUCAUAAGUAGGAAACACUAUCAAACUAGUGAGCAACUGAUCGAAUUUCCAGCUUAUGUAAGGAGCAAAAAUAAAGGGAUUUGCUAACUUGUGCUUUGUGCAAAGGUUAAUAAGAAGUCUCAAAAGUUGUCAACUUCUUGGCAUGAAUAUGAAUUCCAUUUUCACAUGCAUGUAAUUGUCUUAUUGAGCCAAAAUUUACCCAUCUCAACUA